AUGGACGGCACGGUGGUCUUAGGGGAUGAUCCGCCCCCGCGACUCUUUGAGCGGCUGCAGCAGAUUUCCGGCUACAUAUGGGAUGAGUCAAGACUCUACCAUACCAGCUAUGACAACUGGCAAGUCUUUGGUAGAAAAAUAAUCACCAACCAGCCGACUACGAAGCGUAAAACGAAGCGUCGAUCGAGAGUUCCAUCAGAGCGGAACUUGCAAGCACAGGGUCAGCUUGACGCGAGUGGAUAUAAUUAUAAUAGACCUGCGAGUGAGAGCAGCAGCGAAAAUAGUACAUCUACACUUCGUGAUGAGGCCGUGGAAUCGGAACCGGAGCCGGAAGAGAUUGAAGUUCUCGCGCGCAUUUCUACCCACGCGCUACGGGAAGAACGAACAUACCAUAUUUGCAAGAACCUGAUAAAGUCGGCAGACCCGCACGGAAACCAUAUCGUCAAGCCAAUAGACAUAGCGAGGCUACCGGGACAGCAAGGGGACGUGGGGCCGGUGAUUGUCUGUAUAUUCGAAAAUCCAGGGCCCAACUACCUGACCCAAGUCAUUGAUUACGGCCUGGCUUGGUACCGGGGACGGAAGGUUGGAGAUAGGCUUGAAUCUUAUCAUGAAGAUUUCAUCCCGAGGGAGCAGGUCCCACUUGAAACAUUUCUAGAUUUCGCGAUUGGCACAGCCGAGUGUCUGGAAAUUCUCCACCAUAAACAGCGUAUCGUACACGGGGAAAUUCGAGGCGAUGCUUUUCACAUGAAUGCGGAGACAUCCAAAGUCAGGAUAAUCAAUUUUGGCUCCGGAUUGCGAACUUUUGAGCAUGGACUCACCAGUACGGGCUGGUCUGCCCUUUCGCAAGAGCUCGGCGCCAAAACAAAGCUCUCUUACAUGAGCCCUGAGCAGACAGGCCGCAUGCCUGCAGAACCAGAUAGCCGAACCGACAUAUACUCUCUCGGAAUUCUAUUCUGGACAAUGCUCACGCAGGAGCCAGCCUUUGAGGGAGAAACGCCUAUGGAUAUUAUUCAAGGGGUGCUUGGCAGACGACUACCCACUGUGUCAAGUGUGAGAUUCAAUAUUCCGGAUGUCAUUGGAAAAAUUAUUCAGAAGAUGACGGCGAAGAUUAUCGGCGAUCGAUAUCAUUCUGCUAGCGGCUUGAGGCAUGACCUUGUGGAGGUCCGAAGACUCCUAGAAGCCGGAGAUUCGGAGACACUUCAGCAUUGGCAAAUCGCGACUAAGGAUGUUUCCUCUUAUUUUAUCCUACCGACGGCAAUGAUAGGAAGAAGUGAAGAACACGCAGAGGUGGUGAAGGUUAUUGAUAAGGUUUCCAAGCGGCAUAUUAUCAGCCAGAAGCAGGACAUCCAUACCAUAUCUUCUUCAUCUCACAUAUCUGAAUCGCGCCUUGGGGUUGCCGACGGAGGAGCACUUUUAGAAGUUACAAGCGAGGACAACACCAGCUCAACUGAUGGGUUUUCGAACUCUAUGGGGAAAUCAAGUACCAACGGGGCCAUCCCUGGGGAACUAAGAGCAUAUCAUAAUACCGGAUCCAGUGCCGCCCGCUCCACAACGAACUCAGUGCAGAAUUCCUGUAAUAUCCCAGAAUCAUCAAACCGCCAACCAGGCAGCGUGCUGAAACCAUGGGAGAAGAACAGCUCCCUUAAUGGCAUCGCAGAUAACAUGAAUUCAAAAGGCAGUAGCGUCACAAGAAUAACCAGCCCAGACAGCAUUGGAAAUUUAGCCAGUCAUCGAAAUCCUCAGAAAUUCCGCCCAAAAGGACGCUGCGAGGUUGUCAGUAUCUCGGGGGCCGCUGGACUAGGUAAAAGCUGCCUAAUACAAUCUGUUCAGGUUGAGGCACGUCGAAGGGGCUACUUUGCAAGUUCAAAGUUUGACCGUGCCAAGAAAACCCCUUUUGGCCCAGUUCUCAAAUUGUUGUCGAGUCUAUUCAAGCAAGUCUUCUCUGAGAGCGACACGGAUACACCUUUCCAUCAGGUCCUAAAGCAGUAUGCCAGGCCAUCGUGGCCCAUGCUGCAUAAAGCUCUGGAGCUCCCGGAAUUUUUGCUCGGGCCAUGGUCGGGAUCCGUGGUGUCUAAUCACUCCAGUCCAACCCCUCAGGGAUAUAACAAGAGCCUACGGCCCAACAUAGGACAAUCUGAUUCAUCGGGGUCUAGUUCCCACGGCAGUUUAUAUAGCCUCCCUCGCGAUUCGCAGAACUCCCAGGACUAUCUUCGUGCUGGCACUGCAACAAAAUCGAUGCGUUUGAUGAACACCGUUCUCGACGUGUUGAGAGUUUUCACACAACACAAAUUUAUCUGUUUCUGCUUGGAUGAUCUGCAAUUCGCAGAUGAUGAGUCGCUCGAUUUAAUUACCCAAAUUGUGGUUGCGCGAAUGAAGAUGGUGUUAUUAAUAACUUACCGACCUGAUGAAUUUCUUCCAGAAAGGAUCAAGGGGAUAAUUGAACCUCCGAAUACAGAGGGUACCAGUUUGCACGCCAAAUCCCUAUCCUUAUUAGCCAUGCUAACUCAGUAUCCAGAAUACAUAAAAACCAACGGCAUUGGUAUCACCCGAGUAGUAUUAAGACCACUCAGCGAGGAUGAUAUUGUCACAUUCGUUGCCGCCACCCUUUGUCGACCUAAGGAAGAAGUUGUUCCUUUAGCAGCAGUUAUUCAAUCUAAAACUGCCGGGAACCCGUUUUUCAUGAGAGAAAUGCUUGAUACGUGUCACCGGAAACAAUGUAUAUGGUACGACUAUAAGCAGAGCUGCUGGUGCUUUAGCCUCGACAAGAUCUUCAAGCAAUUUCAAACGGAAAAUUAUCAUGACACUCUCAACAGCGAGUUCAUUACAAGCCGACUAAAUGAGUUACCACCAGCCUCGAAGUCAAUAUUGGCAUGGGCAUCAAUACUAGGGGCAUCGUUUUCGUUCGAACUAAUCCAGAGACUUAUAAGUGGGGAAUUCGAUUAUGACGACGCGGCCCGGACACCAGAUGACUUCCAACCUUACUCUUUAUCUCACUCACAGGAAGAUGCAGUUGAGGGACUUCAAGCGGCCAUCCAAGCCUACAUUAUCAUUGCUACACAACAAGACGACCGGUUUCGGUUUGCACAUGAUCGUUACAGUCAAGCCGCACAAUCUCUUGGAGAAUGCAAUGCACCAAAGAUGCACUUCAUCAUCACUCAGACGCUUCUCAAAUAUUAUUCUUCGGAACAGAGAUCACGGGACGAUACCGCUGCACACAUAUGCAAAUGCCCGGAUAUUAUCAACCAACGUGUUCUACACAGGCAUGCUUUUAGGAAGUUACUUUUCGAUUGUGCUCAAGCUACAGCAGAAAGUGGUGCCCGCCCUACAGCUGCAGCAUACUAUGCUAGUUGUUUUGCCCUUCUCCAACCGGAUCCGUGGAGUGAUGAUAUGCCCGAUGUGUACUACGACGAAACCCUUCAGUUACACACCAGAGCUGCUGAAUGCGACCUGUACCUAGGCCGGUACAGUGAAGCAAAACGUCUCCUGGCCAUUGUAUUUGCCAAUGCUAGGACGCCCGUCGAUAAAGCUCCAGCUUGGGUUUUGCAAUCCAGGAUCCUUACCCAAGAGGGAGAUUUACCAGCUGCCUUUCAAGCUUUGAAGCAAUGCCUCGCCGCGCUGAAUAUAGACGUGGAUGAUAAACCUACUUUCGAGAAAUGCGAUCGAGAAUUUGAGCGGCUCUCGCUGAAGAUUCAAUCUAUUGACCCGGAAACUCUCCUAUCCCGGCCUGUAAUGAACGACCCAAAUCUGGCUGCUGUUGGUGCAGUCCUUGUCGAGACAAUCAGUGCAGCCUUCUGGACGAAUAGAUUGGUAUUUUUUCAGAUGUCGCUAGUCAUGGUCAAUACCCAGUUCACUUGCGGGUUUUUCCCCCAAGCCGGUAUGGGCUUCUUGCAUCUUGCAACGAUAGCAAUAAGCCGAUUUAAUAUGAUCGGUUUUGCGACUGAGAUGGGUAAGCUCUCGCUAGAAAUGAUGGAAAGAUGUCGAGACCCCUAUACCAUGGGACGAGGCGGCACCAUAUACCCGCUCUUUGUGGGGCAUAUUCAUCUCGAUUUCCGGGCAUCUUUGGCGCAAUUGGAAGGCGCUCUGGAGUACUCCAUACAAGCUGGUGAUAGAAUAUCAACCAUUCUCAACUUUGGGAUUGUUUCCAAUCUCAGGUUUUUCGCAUCCGAGAACGUUAUCGACCUAGAAAAUUUCGUCCGAUACGGCUGCGAGGAAGCGCAGAAUUGGAUUAUGGACACCAGAGGCGGAACUAUGGCUGUUGCAACUCGGCAGGUUUGUCGCGCCUUGCAAGGAAAGACCGCUAUAGAAAGCCCUGAUGAGGUUAUGAGUGAUGAAAUGCAUAACCCCGCAAAUUACAAAACCUGGUUGAAGAGAGUUAGCAAGCCUCACGACCGGUCGCUACUUUUCUACGAGGGGAUGGAAAUGGUGCCCCUAUUUUUGUAUGGUCACUACGGCCGGGCUAUCGACUUGGGGACCUCGUGUCUUCAAAAUAUUGACCUCGUCUGGUCUGCAAAAAACACCCGACAUCUCAUGUUGUUUCAUGGACUAUCCCUCUGCAGUUUAAUGUGGAGUAAAUUGCAGAACCCUCUUCAUUUCUUGGGAGAUGGGAAACCAAACCUCGUCUCAAGUUCAGUGGCCGAUACUCCGCCGUCAAACGAUGAGCUUCCUCAACAGACCGCUGAGGUAGUAAAACAAGUCAAGUACUUGAAGCAAAAAAUUAGGGAUUGGGAAUCCAUUAAUGAAGUUACUUAUCUAGCUUGGUCAAACCUGCUUGCUGCCCAGAUCGCCGAGAUGGAGGGAGAUCAUGGAAAGGCUUUAAGCAGUUACGAGGAGUGCUUAGAUAUUGCGGCAGCCAAUGGAUUUACCCUCGAAGAAGCACUUGGCAACCAUCUGUAUGGAGAGUUCUUUCUUCGAGCAGGAUCUCGUCGGGCUGCGAAGGCAUCCUUGCGGGAGGCGAUUCAACUUUAUCGACAACUUGGCGCCAUAGGAGUCGUAAAACAUAUUGAGGAUGAACAUAAUCUACUGUUGCUGGGCCCCACUCAAAACCUACGGGCAGUUGAUGUUAGUUGCCAGACAGAUUUUGCUGGGGAUUCAGCACCUGUUCAAUAUCGAACCCUUGAAGGCGACGAGGAUGACGAACGUCAGCAAACCUGUGCUGAUGUCUCUGAGAGCAAGGGCGAUAGGAUUGGAGCAUGGCAAGUAUCGUCUCGUCCUGACGCUGGCUCAGGAUUACCAGCCUUGGAUAUGUUGGACCUGACCUCGAUUCUCGAGAGCUCUCAAGUUAUCUCCAGCGUCUUACAGGUGGAUCAGCUUUUGAAGACGAUGUGCGAAAUCAUCCUGCAGAACUGUGGUGGCCUGGCAUCCACGGCGGCUAUAGUUGUGGAGGAAGAUGACCCCACUCCCGGGUGGUGCAUCGCAGCUAGUGGCGAUCCUGAGGGAGGGGCUACAGCUCAUAUUCCUGGGAUUCCUUUGAGCGAGACAUCAUUAGUGGCCGAAGGCGUUAUUCUGUAUUGCACACGCUUCCGAGAGACGGCGUUCUUGUCAGAUAUACUGCAUGAUGAACGUUUCAGCAAUGUUACUGAAGCUUGGUCUGCCCGGAACCCAGGUGGCAAAUCUGUGAUCGCUCUUCCGAUUGUUCAUGGCAACAAGCCACUUCUGGGGGUUCUCUAUCUCGAAGGAGAGCCAGGCGCGUUCACUGAUCGAAACCUCACUGUUUUACAGCUGCUUGUAAACCAAAUCGGAAUCAGCUACUCCAACGCGCUGACAUUAAAAGAAGUCAAGAAAGUCUCCGCCUUCAACACAUCUAUGAUUGAUAUGCAGAAAAAGGCGUUGCUUAAGGCUCAAGAAGCUGAGACCAAGGCUAAGAAUGCCGAAGCUGCUGCGCUCGCAAGUGUGAAGCUAGCGGAAGAGGCUGCCAAAGCGAAAUCCAUCUUCUUGGCUAACGUUUCCCAUGAGCUUCGAACUCCACUGAAUGGUGUUAUUGGAAACUCAGAACUCCUUAGAGACUGCGUUUUGACUAAAGAGCAAGCUGAGAUGGCGGAUUCAAUCCGUGUCUCGGCUGAUCUGCUGCUCACUGUUAUCAAUGACAUCCUUGACUUCUCUAAGAUGGAAGCCGACAAGAUGGAACUUUGCAUCGAAUCUUUCAAACCCGAUGAAAUGAUCCGCGAGAUUGUGCGGUCUGUCUCCUAUAGCUACCGCGACAAGAAACGGCUGAAGAAUAUCGACAUUCUGCAAGAUAUUAACCUUCCCGACUUGCUCAUAUAUGGAGAUCCAGUCCGCUUACACCAGGUUUUGGGGAAUCUUUUGGGAAAUAGUAUGAAGUUUACGGAGACAGGAUCCAUUACAGUUGGUGCUCGGUGUGAUGCCCAGACGGAUGAAAAUGCCACCUUGACUUUCUGGGUUAAAGACACCGGCAUCGGUAUCCCAGCUCAGAAACUAUCAAAGCUAUUCAAACCAUUUAGUCAGGCGGAUGCUAGCACAGCACGGAAGUAUGGCGGAAGCGGUCUGGGUCUUAGUAUUUGCAAGUCGCUCAUUGAGUCCAUGAUGGGAGGAAGGAUAAAACUCGAAAGCGCUGAGAAUAUGGGAACAACUGCAUGGUUCACGGUUACUUUCGAAAAGGUGCGCUCAGGCUUUGCUGCGGAUCGUGGAAGUGACCGGAAUGGCAUCGGUCUGCGACGCGAAUCAGUACCAAGGCCUGUUGAGCCUCCGGCGGCAAAUCCAUCCACUGUUUAUUCUGACUCCCGUCAUGUUGCUCAAGAAGAUUUGCAAAUUUGCGUUGCGGAAGAUAACCCGAUCAAUCAGAAGAUUGCGAUCCAAUUCAUGGAGAAGCUUGGCUACAAGCAUAUUGACGCCUAUGACAAUGGAUUGGAGGCUGUGGAAGGUCUGAGGAAGAUGGCCAAACAAGCUCGACCUUAUCAUAUCGUCCUAAUGGAUGUUCAAAUGCCAGUUCUUGAUGGAUAUGAAGCAACAAAACUAAUACGGCAAGACCCAUUGGAAGCGGUUCGGAAGGUCUUGAUUAUUGCCAUGACUGCUUCCGCUAUUCAAGGAGAUCGCGAGAAAUGCUUGGAAGCUGGUAUGAACGAUUACCUUGCCAAGCCAGUGAGGAUUGGGAUACUACAGAAGAAAUUGAAUCAGUAUCUCCAAAAUCCCCCAUCUAUGACACUCAACCUUCGGGAAUCUUCUAGGAAGGUAAUCGACAAAGCUCUACAGGGUGUUGAUAGAAUUACAAACAUUGAAAACGACAAGUCUUCUGGAACAUUAGCCUCCACAUCACCAGACCGGUCAUUACCCAACAAUCCACAGACGGGCACUCUCAGUACCUCUUCCUCAUCGGUCACAGUGCGACCCUUGAAGCGCAACCUCUCAUCAAGGAUGCAGAACUCAGCGGAUGGAGAUCAAAAGAUUUCAAUUUCAUCAUCCAAUCACAAUGCCGUAGGCAGUGCGUUUGAACUUGGCGCCCUUGAGCCUAAUUCUGCCGAGCGGACAUCAAUUGCAAAUGACGAGUCGCCCCCAGAAUAA